AUGGAGAAUCAUUGGUCAACGAAGCACGGUUGCAAAGGUGAACCGAGUCGCGACUGGAGUGCCGCUCUCCUGCAGACUUUCUUUCGCGGUAACAUGCUGCGAUACUUUACUGGGAUUGCGCAGAACAAGGACCUAUCACACCCGUCCGAUCCUAUUCUUGCAGAAUCGCCUCACAUACAGGAUAUAGGAGAAAAAUACAACCUAGAUGGGCUCGACUUGCGGAUUUUGAAACACUAUUUCUCUUCAUCCUACAAGACUUUCGUGACAAGCGACCACACAGAGCAAAUCUGGCUCAGCGUUGUGCCUGACCUUGCAUAUAAUCAGCAAUUUUUAUUAAGCGGCAUCCUGGCUUGUACCGCUCUACAUAUGGCUCAUCUUGACCCUACACAACAUCAGCAUCUUACCAUUCGCGCCUGUUCUCACCAAGAUUCAGCACUUCCCCUGUUUCGCUACGCAAUAGACCAUCCAACAGAGGAAAACUGUGAUGCUAUUAUGGCUUUUUCAUAUCUAUUGAUUGUGUACUCCUUCGCAACCGAUAUCGAAAACACAAACAACUCAUUCUACAUAAUCGAAAACGCGGGCUCGAUAUCUACCGGACCAAAAGUCGUCCUUCCUCAGUGGCUUCACUUCAUUCGUGCCGGGUGCUCCAUGCUUUGCAAUGUGUGGGAUCGAAUUGAAACGGGUCCUGUUAGUGCCUUGGCAGCAGCCUGGGAAACAGAGGAAGAUAUAAGCGACAGUGACUUGCCGCACCUGGAUUAUUUCCUUUCAAUCGUUCCCAAGGAUGGAUCGUGGUCUGAAGAGAGUAUCGCGAUAUACCAGGAAGCAGCGACUGCGUUAGCCGAGUCUUUCGCUUACCUGGAACGUGCGAAGAUGAAAUCUGAGAUUAAUACGUGGAGUAUCCUGGGGGGAUGGCCGGUGCGCGUCAAGACUGAAUAUGUCACCCUGCUCUCUGAGCGACAUCCAGGAGCCUUGAUUCUCCUUGCCUAUUACUGCGUGUUAUCAAAGGAGAUGGAGAAAUUCUGGUAUUUUGAAGGAAGAUCGGCCAGGUUGAUAUCGUGCGUUUCGAAGGUGUUGGAUAAGACGUGGCAUCGUUGCAUCCAAGAGGCUGUAAAUAUAGUAUGUGAUUAG